AAGUGUGUUUUGCUUGUGCCUUCCUGUCUUCUUCAGUGAGAAGCUUUAUGUAGGUCAGGCUUGGCUUAAGCAGAUUUCCUGAACCUGCGUCAGCUUAAGCUGGAGGAAUUUUAAUAAACCCUCCCCUGUAGGCGUGGGCCUAAAUGAGGCUAGCCUAGUUAAGCCUGAUCUUUUUCUGUUUGUGAAAAGAGCUGAGCAGAGCUGAAGGCUGCAUGGUGGUUUCAGAAACUGCCUACUUAAUUUGAAAAGAACAAUGGUAGGAAAGGCUAGAUCUUCCAAUUUUACCUUAUCCGAAAAGCUUGAUUUGCUAAAGCUUGUGAAGCCAUAUGUGAAAAUUCUCGAAGAACACACUAAUAAACAUUCAGUAAUAGUAGAAAAGAAUAGAUGUUGGGAUAUCAUAGCAGUUAACUAUAAUGCAAUUGGAGUAGACCGCCCUCCUCGAACAGCACAGGGCCUACGCACCCUUUAUAAAAGGCUCAAAGAAUAUGCCAAACAGGAGCUAUUGCAGCAAAAAGAGACCCAAUCAGAUUUUAAAAGCAAUAUUUCUGAGCCAACCAAGAAAGUUAUGGAGAUGAUUCCCCAGAUUUCCAGUUUUUGCCUGGUAAGAGACAGGAACCACAUACAAAGUGCAAACUUGGAUGAGGAGGCACAGGCUGGUACCAGUUCACUACAGGUAAUGUUGGAUCACCAUCCUGUUGCUAUUACAGUGGAGGUGAAGCAAGAAGAAGACAUUAAACCACCUCCUCCACUGCUUUUAAAUUCUCAACAGAGUGAUACUUUAGAGCAAAGAGAAGAACAUGAAUUAGUACAUGUUAUGGAAAGAUCCUUGUCGCCUUCACUUUCCUCUGUUGAUAUGAGAAUGACAUCGUCUCCAUCUUCUAUUCCAAGGAGAGAUGAUUUUUUUCGGCAUGAGAGUGGUGAACACUUUAGGUCACUAUUAGGGUAUGAUCCUCAGAUCCUGCAAAUGUUGAAAGAGGAGCAUCAGAUAAUUUUAGAAAAUCAAAAAAAUUUUGGAUUGUAUGUUCAGGAGAAGAGGGAUGGAUUGAAAAGAAGGCAGCAGCUAGAGGAAGAGCUACUAAGAGCAAAAAUUGAAGUGGAGAAGCUGAAAGCAAUUCGCUUACGGCAUGAUCUACCUGAAUAUAACAGUCUCUAAGUUUUUUUUUUCAAUCUUGCAAUUUGAUAAUUUUGAUUUUGGCCAAAUUACUUUAAUUUGGGAAUAUCCUGAAACAGAACACACGUUCUUGAAAAAUGUUGUUAAUCUCUAUUAUGGAAAAACAUUUUUGAUUUAAUUUUCUAAUUAUUUUCUUUUGAGAUAUUAAAAUUUACUGGUUGGUUGGCA